AGGUUAGCAAUUCAAUUCUUCUUGUUAAGACGCCAUUGGAGAUCCGAUAUUUUCCUUGUAAUUUUAUAGAUUUUUAUCGGGUUUUCGUCGUUUCAACACUUGAAUCAAGUGUUUUAGAGAUGACGAAUGCCUGCUUCAUUAGUCUCCGUUGUUUUCACCAUCCAAAACGAAAGAAGCUUCGAGUUGAUCUUUUCAGACCCUUGUCAACCAGUGUUUCACCACUGCAUAGAGCUCCAUUGACCUCGCUAGUUCACCACUCCCAGCCAUUGACUUUGACUAGUCAACUCUCCCCAUCAGAUGCUCCUUCCCAACGCUCAGAGGAAUGGUUUGCCCUUCGAAGGGAUAAAUUGACCACUAGCACCUUCAGUACUGCACUUGGUUUCUGGAAAGGUCGGCGAAGGUAUGAACUCUGGCACGAAAAGGUGUUUCUUCCGGAAGGUUCCAUGAUCACGUUCGCACCUGCCGCAGCACGUGCUAUGGAAUGGGGUGUAUGUAAUGAAUCAACAGCAAUUGAGAAAUACAAAUCCAUCACUGGUCGUGAAGUAAAUUCAUUGGGGUUCGCUACACAUUCAGAAAACAAAUUUGAUUGGAUUGGUGCAUCUCCAGAUGGGCUUCUCGGGUGUUUCCCGAAUGCGGGGAUUCUUGAAGUGAAAUGUCCGUUUAACAAAGGGAAACCCGAGUUUGGUUUGCCUUGGACCAAUAUGCCCUUCUAUUAUAUGCCUCAAGUUCAGGGCCAAAUGGAAGUUAUGAACAGAGAGUGGGUUGAUUUGUAUUGUUGGACACCGAAUGGGAGCACCAUAUUUCGUGUUUGUAGAGAUCAAGAAUAUUGGGCGUUGAUUCAUGGGAUUUUACGCGAAUUUUGGUGGGAAAAUGUGGUCCCCGCUAGAGAAGCGUUGUCGAUGGGAAGCGAGGAGGAAGCUAAGAAGUACGAACCAACGUCAACACAUGAUCAAACGGAAUCAGUGAUCCGCAAGAGCAAAGAGUUGGCGAGCAAGUCGAAGCUUCUAUGUCGAGAAAUUGCGGGCCAUGUUGAGUUCUUCAGGUAGAGAAAGAUGGAAGUUUUCAACUCGAAGGGAACCUCGUGGGCCGAACAAUGGGAUCCCGUGCA